UCUUUUCUUUUCUAUUUGCUGCAAAAUACAGUUGCCCCUUCUCACCUACUUCAUAAAAACCUAUGGGAAACACCCUUUUUUUCCCUUCUCUCUCUCUCACACACUCUCUUCAUUCAUGCUCCAUCAAAAGCGUAUCAAUUCUCUUUCCUUUCCUUCUUUCUUUCUCUUCAUAGCAGUUAGGUGUAUAAAAAGGCCUGCAAGGACACCCACCAUAGAAACAAAACAGUCCAACAAACUAAACAGGUUUCUUAUCUAUGGAGUUGAUGAAAUCAUCAGACAAUAUUAUUCAAGACAGAACCCAACAGCAGCAUAAACAAGAACCAGAAAUGCAGGCGCAGGAGGGACAACAAGAACAAGGACAUCAUUUUCAUGUAUUGGCAGUUGAUGACAGUGUUAUAGACAGGAAGUUAUUGGAGAAACUCCUCAAAGUAUCUUCAUACCAAGUGACCUGUGUAGACUCUGGGGAUAAAGCUUUGGAAUAUCUUGGUCUGUUGAAUAACCUGGAUUCUGACUCAACAGCUUCUUCUUCUUCCUCCUCCUCAUCUUCUUCUAACUCAUCUUCUUGUUCCCAAUCUUCGCAACGAGAGGGACUUAAAGUCAACUUAAUCAUGACAGACUUUUGUAUGCCCGGAAUGAGCGGCUAUGAUUUACUCAAACGUCUUAAGGGAUCUUCAUGGAAAGAUGUACCAGUCGUGGUCAUGUCAUCAGAGAAUGUUCCUUCUAGAAUUAGCAUGUGCCUGGAAGGAGGAGCUGAAGAAUUCAUGUUAAAGCCUCUUCAAUUAUCAGACCUAGAGAAAAUUGAAGCUUACCUUCUCAAAUCCCUUCAUCUUUCUUGCACAAACAUUGACAAAGAUGAUGAUGACAACAACGCCGACCACAAUAGUGAUAAUAACAAUGACAAGGUCGUCAACAACGAUAGCAACAUCGACAAAGGUAAUAAUAGUACGAGUAUGAACAAUAAUUUUAGCAAAAGAAAGGCGUUAUCUUCCGAAGAUACAGAGAGCCGGCGACCUAAAAUAAAAGGUUUAGCGGUUGCGAUAUGAAAAAGGGUAUAAAUUAAUUUAGAGUUUAAGAUGAGUGACACUCCAUUUUCUUAUACUUGGGGUUUUGUGCAUUUACUUGGUUAUUGCUAAUAUCAAAAUUAAGAGGCUUUACUUUUAA